AUGGUCGUAGGAAUUCAAGCUCUUCCGAUUGAGUUAAUCCAACAGAUAGCCACCAAUCUUACUGCCAUCGACGACCUCAAUAACUUUUCUCGCACUUGUCGAACUUUCCAUUCCGCAAUCCAGCCCCAAUUUGUCUACCGCGAGCUCUUCCUAAGCACCUACGACCGUCCAAAUAAUGAAAACUACAACUAUAAGCACAACUACCGUUGGAGAAAGAUUGUCCUCGAAAAAUUCCUAAGAUCCAAUCACUAUAGAGUCGAAAACUUGACGCAAAACCAGGUGAAGAUCAAGGUAGUAGAAGAUGUGCCACUUACAAUAGAAAUCCUUGAAGGAGUUCGAGAGCUUAUCUUCGAAGCAACCUCUAAGAACUUCGCGCAGCUCGAAAGCUUUGCCUCUAAAUCCCGCAACCUCCUUAUUUCUUCGGGUCUCAAAGCUCCCCGAACGCAAUACUUCAUGCUAGUGCAAAUUCUACUCACUAAUAUUGCCCUUACCAAGCGCAUAGUUUGGGCCGACACCAGUGAAUACUGCAGCGCCUACACUCAGGCCCUCGCAUACGGUGAGGCGGAUAGGAAGCUCUUUGCAAAUGAUUACGCAGAUGAAGAUGAUAUAAUUCAGAUAUGGGCUACUGCGAACCUUUUUUUAUUACAUCUAGGAAAUCGCAUUCCUGGAUCGGAAAGCUUGGGGUUGAAAUUGACAUUUGAUGGAAUUUGCGGGGAAGGACGAGGGGCGCCGGAUUUAUGGAAGAAUAACUUGUGGGUUGACGUAGAGCCGGAAUUUCCUAGGUAUUGGUUUGGAUUCUAUGUGUAUCUCGAUCCACCAGAUCUUCAGGUGCUUCAUACCUUCCGCCCCAAUGGCGAGGUGAGGCUUCAGGAAGACCAUUAUGACGGCAAACUGACCAUGAUGGAGUUCCUUGCUAAAACACCCACAACCUUCGUCGGCACCGGCACCGACGCGGAUGAACCCUUCACCAUACAAGGCAGCAUUAAGCCCCUCCCCACUUUUUACUCAAUAUUUAAAUUCCGCCGUGUCUCUUUCACGACUAACUACAGCGCCGGCGAUGGCUGGUCGUAUGAGGGGUGCUUACUACCAAAUUCACAAACCAUCCUUGGAAGCUGGUCUACUUCGGAUGAGGAUAUAGCUGAUCCCAUGCCCCCUCGGGGUCCGUUUAUCAUGUGGGCAGUAGGGAAAGAGUACUGGGAGUAUGAGAAAGCACUUAGGGAUGAUGAGGGCAGGGUUGGAGAAGAAGACGAUUUUUUGAACUUUUAG